GCAACCGUGGACCAGGAGCAGACUGACACACACAGCCUGGUAGUGAACACUGACGGUUAAAGACGCAUUUUAAAUUUACACUAAAUAAUAAGAGACGAAGCCGCCGGAACAACUGCAACUCCAGACUUCUACUCACUAAACUCCAGCAGGAAACGAACUAAUUCAGAGGAGACUUUACGAACAAGCAGCUUCACAAACAGCGGGAGGAAGAAGUGAAGUUUAGUCGGGACAGGAGGAGGUAUGAGCGCGGACAGAGAGGAGCAGGAAGACGAACUGCUCGCGCUCCAAAGUAUCUUUGAUUCGGAGGAGUUCGUCCGAGAUGAGUCGAAGUGUGCCGGAGAAAUCCGAGUGUGUGUCGAGCUGCCUGCGGGCUUCACUGUAACUCUGAAAGAAGGUGAAUCACUGAGGAGGUAUGACAUUUCAUUCCUUCCACCUCUGCUUCUGACCUUUGACCUCCCCGAGGACUACCCAUCGUCCUCCCCUCCCUCCUUCACCCUCACUUGCAGCUGGCUGACACACACACAGCUCUCUGCACUGAGUGCUCAGCUCACUGAUCUCUACCAGGCCACCAGAGGCACUGUGGUGCUCUUCUCUUGGGUACAGUUUCUUAGAGAAGAUGCCCUCAGGUUUUUGGACAUCAAUUCUCUGCUGGAGCUCCCCUCUGAAGAACAAGGCACCCAGUACAAUAGCCAGGACUCCUUAAGUGCUGCACUCUCAGAGCCAAAGAAUAAUCAACACCCUCCAAAGCCAGGACCAACAGAUAUCCAGAGCUGUAAUGUCUCAGAUCCAGGUAAACCAGACCUCUCUACUCCAGCUUUGGAAGUUGAACCUCCAACAGGGAGUUGUGCUGAUGGCCGAGACCCUUCACCCUCAGACACACAGGAAGCUUUGGCUUUGAGUCAAAACACCUCUAAUGAUUGGAACCAUGUUGCAGAAGCCUCAGAUGCAAGGGAGGCCCUUCAAACCACAGAAUUUAAGGCUGACGAUCAGAAUGAUCUGUCCUCAGCAGCAGGCACACUGAAGCCUCUUACAUUUGCUCAGUCUGAUCAAAGUGACCAGGAAGAUUUCUCAAAUGAAGGAAACAUUUCAGCCUCAUUAUUGGGUCCUUCUAGCUCCUCACACCCACAGGAUCUAAGUGAAGAAGGAGCUGCUUCUCUGCCCAUCCGCCCCAGAGAAUCCCCCCAGAAAGAAGACCAAACAUCCUCUGGUCUCUCCCUGACUCCGUCACAAACUCUCCUGUCCCAGAUCUUGAUCUAUAAUGAGGCCCAGAAACAGAAAGUUUUUGCCACCACGGUGUUUGACUGUGGCGUGUGCUAUACGGGCUGGCUCGGUUCGGACUGUGUGAAGUUGCCGGAGUGUGGCCACAUCUUCUGUCAGGGCUGUCUUGCAAAGUUCUGCAGGGUCCAGAUAACAGAGGGGAACGUCCGGAGUGUCACCUGUCCUGAGGCAGACUGCACUGCCACUCCUACACCUGCACAGGUGAGGCAUCUGGUCGGGGAGGAGCUGUUCAGCCGCUAUGAUCGUCUCCUGCUACAGUCAACUCUGGACAGCAUGGCUGAUGUGGUGUACUGUCCUCGGCGUACCUGUGGUUCAGCCGUCAUUCGAGAUAAGUCCAGCAAUGCUGCACUGUGCUUUGUGUGCAACUUUGCCUUCUGUGUCACCUGCAGGAAGACCUACCAUGGGACAUAUGACUGUCAGGCAAAGAAAAACAUGAAAAUGCAGGAGGCACUGCAAGGCAAUUUACACCUGCCACAGUCAAAAGAGGGUUUGGAAGCUCUGUGGCAUGACUAUGCCAAUGGCAGUAAGCAGAGGAGGCGCCUCCUGGAAAGCAGAUACGGCCGUAGUGUACUGCAGGGCACUUUGGAGGACUGCCUAAGUGAAGACUGGAUCGUCUCCAAUAGCAAGCACUGUCCUCAUUGCUUCUGCAAAAUAGAGAAGAACGGAGGAUGUAACGUGAUGUCGUGCUCUCAGUGUGGACAGCGAUUCUGUUGGGCUUGCCUCACCAGACUGGGAUCAGGUCGUGUAAGCAACCACUUUGCUGAAUGUCCCCCCUGUCAGUCCUACUACUAACCUACCCAGUGCUUCAGCUACUUUUACCACCAGUCACUGGCCACUAGCCAUGGAGGGAAUGGAGUCAGGAAAUGUUGCUCUGAGUAAGCUGUGUUCAAAUCGUUGUGAUUCUAAGUGCACUUUUAAAAGAUACUUAUGAACGCACAUAAGAAAUAAAAAAGAACUAUAAUAAUAGGUUGCCAAAUAAUAAUAAUGUUACCAAAUAAUCUCUCAACAUAAUUUGAAUCGGUUAGUGGUGAAAGAACUACUCAGAUAUUCUACAUAAGUAAAAGGAGCGGCUUUUAUUGUGUAGAAUGGCCCAUUUUAGAAUAAUAUUUAUAUUAUUUUAAGCAUUAUAAUUUGUGAUGAGUUAAUGUACAAGCAUCACUAAUGUUGCAGCUGGUGAAGGUGGAGCUAGUUUAAACUAUUUUAUAUAUACUGCUGGGUAGCUUAAUCCAUAAUAAUACAUCAUAAUGUAUAAGUUGAUUUCAUUUUGUAUCAAUAAUCUGAACCUGCAAACUAACAGGUAACUGAUGUUGUCAGAUAAUUGUUGUGGAAUAAAAGUGCAAUACUGACUUCCAAAAUGUUGUGGAGUAGAUGAAUAAAUUAGCAUAAAAUGGAAAUACUGAAGUAAAGUACAAGCACUUCAAAACUAUUUAAGCACAGUACUUGAGUAAAUGUACUUGAAUCUGUACACUAUGAACAUGACAGGCUAUAUGGUCUUUUGCUACAAGUGAAGAAAUACAAAACCAAACAUUUAAUUUUUUACUGUCACUGAUUCUACUGAAGCUUUACAGUCGUUCACGAAAUUACAACAAAUGUCAUACUGUGUCAUGACCACUAGAGGGCGCUAAAUAACAAGAAUGACAACACGGUGUGGGCACACUCUCAAUUAACUUUACAUGAGAUUCCUUUUGAUAAUAUCAAGAAAUGCACUUUGCAUUGAGCAUGAUUUAUCAUUCAGUAUUAAACAAUACAUCAGUGAAAACUGUUAUUUAACAUGCAUAUUUGCAGCUCUAGAUGCAAAGAUGAGUAAUGUAUGACAGGAAAUUGCCCAGUGUGUCAUUUUUAAACCAAGUAAGGGGGUUCAUACCAAAGCUUUAAUUUCCCUCCUGUAAUAAUUAGGGUGCCUUGUGGGGCUACAACUGAUUUUUUUUAACAACCUACCAAUUAUUUCUUCAAUUAAUUGAUUCAUCAUGGGGUUUAUAAAGUCAGCAAAUAGUAAAAAAUGGCCAUCAUAAGAUCCCAGAGCCUGUGGUGAUGACCAACAGUCCAGAAUCCAAACGUAUUCUGAUAAUUGUCAUAUCAGAAUAAGAAAACAUGCAGAUAUUCACCUUUGAGAAACCAGUACGAUUCUUAAACGAUUAAUGGAUAUUUGAAUUGUUGCACUUUACUUUUUUUGCUAAUUGUUGCCGUUCCAGUACCCAGAUAGUCACUUUCUAAGCUCCCUUCAUUGUUUAUUGUUUAUUUAUUAAUUAGGAUCCCCAUUAGCCGAUGCACAAACGACAGGCUAGUCUUCCUGCGGUCCUCAUAAAAAUGUUCAAGUUACGGCAAUACACAGAUCCAAUUACAAUAAAAACAAAACAACAACAAAUAAAAAAAACAAUAAUUACAAAAGCAAUAACAAUAAGAGACAACAGUGACUCUCAAGCGUUCAUAAGUGACUUUACAUGUUUUUUAAAAGCUUUCUUACUUAGUAUUUCUAAUAUUCAAAGGAAACUUUGAAACUUUAACUUCCUGUAAUGUACCAGUUGUAUUUUCAAAGAGUACUUUAUCUCAAAGCAUCUAAGGAGUUGUUCUACAAGAGUUUCAGCUGUGCAAUGACUUUAUUGAUAUCAUUUUUAUGAAGCUGUGGGACAACAGUGUGCUGUAAAUAAUAAAUAAUAAAAAUUUUCAUUUUUUUUAUUUUCUGCAAGUUCUUGGACUAUUGCAAUUUGCACAUCUGUAUGCAUGGAAUUUAUGUUUAACAAUUGUUUCUGCAUUUUUCUUUGUAUGUUGUUUAUUCAUGCACUGCUGCUGUGACAUGAACA